AUGGGCUCACUCUUCUUCAGUGACGAGGAGCUCGGGAAAAAAGACGACGAUCGCAAACCGACCAAGCUUCCUCACAUGCGAUCCCAAUGGAGCCCGAGCUCCGCCGCCCGGCUGCCACAGUCCCGCGUGUUGAAGCGUCUCACCAUCGCCCUAGUACUAGGGUUGUGCCUCUAUCUCUUCAUACACAAUAUCCCCGCGGACCUGCCCAUACGAGAUCGACGCCGGCCCGUAUACAACCACCUCGACGAUUCCGAGCUGGAACCCCUACCCCCCAAGCCCAAGCCCAUGCCCAAGCUGCGGCCUGCACGCCCACACAGCAGCAAACCAAGCACUAAGGACGAGCCGCCGGCGCCGGCGAGCGGCAGUUACAAUGGGCGCAUCCAGUUCAAAAACCUCGGCGCCUCCCUGAAUGCCAUCUCCGAGACCAAUGGGGAAUAUAACGCGAAUAGAAACGUCCUAUUUGCCGCCUCCAGCUUGAAAAGCGCGGCCGUGUUACUGCCAAUAGCUUGCCAAAUGGGAGCCAUGCUCAGAAGCUAUGUACAUUUCGCGCUCAUGAGCCGGAGCGAGAUUGCCUUUGAAGAGCUCCGUGCUGUCAAUGGCGUGGCUGACUCGUGCGAGAUCAUAUUUCACGACGCCCGAGUUGAUCAUUCAGCCUCAUCUGCCGAUACCCGCCUUGGAACUGCCGUCACCCGUGCUUUCUUCCAUAUUCACAGUUAUAUGCAUCCCCAGGUGGUGAUUGUGGAUGGCUCAAGCUUGGAGGAAAACUUCUUCCUUGAAGGAGUCAGGGUCCAGGUACCUGAUAUGGAGGUCCCUUUAAUCGAGCUAGACGCAGAUGCCCCUACGCAACUUUCCUGGAUUACCAAGCUGGAUAGCGCGUCCUUGGCCGCAUGGGAUAAAAUCAGUAUCGACAUCUUGAUCCAGGCCUCCUCUGGGGCCUCUGGCAGCUUAAUACGGCUGCUGAAGUCAUUGGCGGCGGCAGACUACAGCUCGGGCUCCGUUCCCCAUCUAACCAUCGAGCUUCCUCACAAAGUGGAUCCUCCCACGGCUAAGUUUCUAGAGACCUUUCAGUGGCCUCCAGCGAGUGUCUACAACCCCACGCAUGCGAAACAACUUACGCUCAGGCACCGCAUCUCAAGCAGUGGCCUGACCGAAGAGGAGAGCUCGGUACGAUUCGUCGAGUCGUUCUGGCCUGCGAGCCCGGGCCACUCCCAUGUUUUGGUCCUGUCACCUCAAGCUGAGCUGUCACCUCGCUUCUUCCACUACUUGAAAUACUCGGUGCUGGAAUACAUUCACUCAAACGCAGCCGUUGUGCAGCAAUGGGACUCGAGACUGCUUGGCAUCAGUCUCGAUUUGCCUUCGACUCACUUGAACGCCUCGGAGCCGUUCGUCCCGCCGGUGAGGGUUGCCAAAUCACGGGCCACCGAGUCCGAUGAGUCUACUUCCUUCCUCUGGCAGGCUCCCAACAGCAAUGCCGUGCUCUAUACGGGACAUAAAUGGGUCGAGCUCCACCGCUUCGUAUCCAGGACGCUCGAGCUGCAGCGUAAGACUAAGCCGCCACUACCGGCCAUCUUUGCCGACAAGGCCAUCAGCAAGAGAUAUCCCUCCUGGCUAGAGCACGCCCUGAAGCUGUCUCGCGCACGGGGCUACUGGACUCUCUACCCGAGCCAGCCCACCGCCGGCAACCUGGCCGUCGUCCACAACGAGCUGUACAAGGCGCCCGAGGAGUACGAGGCAGACCUCCGCAAAACGCCCGAGCCCGCGGAGCUGUCCCUCACGGCGGGCCCGCUCCUCGAGAGUCUGCCCGGCGACGGAAGCCUCCUCCACUUUGACGACAUGCCGUUCCUGCUCUGGGACGGCACGCCCACCAACCUCGUAGGCCUGGACGCUUCUGCCGCCGACUACGCGGCCGAGUUCAGGCGCGCCGUCGGCGGCUGCGACUCGCUCGCGCCCGACGACUUAAUACCGCGCGCAUCCGUUGGGGACUUGUUUUGUACCAGGGAUGAUUAA